AUGAAUUUAGCUAUUUUUUAUCUGUUCUAUUCAGGUCUAUGCCAGAUAAUGGAGGUCUUUGUAAACCUGCUGAUAGUCAUCUGUUCAGGAGUGUCCUACAGUAACUCCGGGGGUUACCGGGACCUGGCCAACCUCGGGGGUCUCUACCAGUACUACUAUGGAGGACAGGCUUUCACCGGCGCCUACAAAGACAGGGUCAAGGAGCUGGACAAACUGUUCCACCAGCUCAAGCUACCUCCAUACAUCUUCAGCAUGGCCUGUAGAGGGGCUCUGAUGGUUUAUGCCUGCAUCACUCUAGGUUUAGGGGUCCUGAGAGUCCCUUACCGCUAGACCCCUAUGCUGCUGGGUGAGGCCCUGGUGAACCUCCUGAUCGGCCUGGGCUACAUCCCUGCCCUGGCCUUCUACUUCAUCAAGCUGCAGGAGACCUACGACAAGCCCAUCUGUACGGAGAAGGAAGUCCUCUACAAGAGCAAAGGGCAUCAGGGCUUUGCGUGUGCACGCAAUGGAGCAGACAUCGCUGGAGGCCUCUUCGGGGUGCUUGGAGUCACUGAUUUCAUCUUCGGAAUGGUCUUGGCCAUCUGUGCUUUCAGGGCAGUGCGUGAGAUGAAGAGACCGAGAGAAAUGGAAGAUGGUAACUUAUAACAGGUUUGCUCACCCCCCACUGUGAAUAUAAAGGAUACAAAUAUAGGGUUGAGAUCAAAUUCAGUCAAACAGCUAUAAAUAUUAGUGCAUUUUUUAUGAACUGUGAUUGAUUUGUUUU